AUGGUCAACACACAAUCGGAACUAAUGACUCGGGCACAAGCGCUCAUGAAGCAGAAGGACGACAUUGAGGUCGACAUCAAAAAAGCAGAGGAUGAACUCCAGUCGCAAAAAGUCGGCAUGACGGAUCAUUUGGUCGACAGCCAGGGCUUCCCGCGUGCAGAUAUCGAUCUUGUCGUCGUUACAACUGCCCGAUCCAAUCUUAUCAAGCUAAGAAACGAUCACAAGACCGUUAUGCUUCACAUUGAAGAAGCCAUCCACGCCGUGCACGCCGAGGCAUUGGCUGAAAAACAAUCGAAGGAAGCUGAAAGAUCUCAGGAAGAGGCUUCAAGAGCGGCAGCAGCAUCAUCAUCAUCAUCAUCGUCAUCAAUAGCAUCUGCUACUUCAACUCAUCCAUUAUACGAAGACGAGGAACGGACUUUGGCGCCAUUUGCCCGUGUGAACGCUGUGGCUCCUGACUCCCCCGCCAAGAACGCGGGCUUGCUACAGGGCGAUAUGAUCGUAGCCUUUGGGGUCGUGAACAUCAGAACGACCAAUGUCCUCAAGUCAUUAAGUGCACACGUGGAAUCCCGUGAAAACAAACCUAUUGUGGUCAAGGUACAGAGAGGCGAACCAACAGAGCUGCAAUCUGUAAUUCUCGUGCCAAAGCAAGGCUGGGGCGGUCGUGGACUGUUGGGAUGCCAUAUUGUGCCAGUCUAG